AAAGACGCCAUCCUCGACACUCUAUACCGCGCCUGCCUCUCCUACGACAUCAACUCCGUCGACCUCCACGACUCCGCCUUCGUCAACAGUCCGGAAACCACUUUCGAAAUGUCCGGGUUAGCAACAUACAAAGGUCUCGACGAGAUUCGUAAACUCCACGCCAAUGUGGGUCCUUUGGAUACCACGCAUCUCGUGACGAAUCCUCGGAUUGUGGAAUUUUCUGACGCUCAGGGCACGGCGAGGUUGACGGCUAGUGCUUUGGCGCAGCAUUUUCGGACCGGCGAGGGGAAUUUGGGUGAUGCGAGGAAGUUUAUGACGGGGAGUUUGUAUGAUAUGGAUCUUGUUAGGGAAGGGGAGGGAGUUUGGAAGGUGAUGCAUUUCAGGAUGAAGGUUGUUUGGAUGGAGGGGGAUCAGAGUGUUGUU